AUGUUUGUGGUGGACAGUAGUGAUCGUCAGUUCAUUGGCGAGGCCAGGGAUAUACUUUGGUCAUGGGUGUGUGAUGAUCAGCACCAGGAUGCUGUGGUACUGGUGUUGGCUAACAAACGGGAUAAACCCGACGCUAUGACUAUGGAGGAGGUGUCGGAGCGCCUGGGUUUACAUACGUUGAGAACUCAUAGGUGGCAUAUCCAGAGUACCUGUGCGCUCACCGGUGAGGGCCUGUAUGAGGGGUUGGACUGGAUUUCAAACAACGCUAAAUUCAAUGAAUAA